GGUCUGAUUUUAAUCAUGUUUUACUGUCUUUUCAGUGUUCUUAUUGGCAAGAUGGAACUGAAAAACCAAACAGCUAUAUUGGAAUUUCAUCUCAUUGGACUGACAAAUAAUCAUGAACUAGAUCCCAUAAUCUACAGUAUAUUCCUCUCCAUAUAUCUUGUCACAAUUCUUGGAAACUUAAUCAUCCUCUUGGCAAUCUGCUCAGAUUCCCAGCUUCAUAGCCCCAUGUACUUCUUUUUAUCCAUUUUGUCUAUUAAUGAUAUCUGCUUAAGCACAAGCACCAUCCCAAAGAUGUUGGUGAACAUUCAAACACAGAAAGACACCAUCAAUUAUAUACAAUGCAUCUCUCAACUCUUCUUUGUCUCAGUUUUCAGUGGCAUGGAAAAUUUUCUCCUUGCAGUAAUGGCCUAUGACGGCUAUGUGGCCAUUUGUAAGCCCCUCAGGUACAAAGUUACCAUGAACCCCUGUUGUUGUGUGCUUUUUGUUCUGCUCUGCCUUUUCCUUAGCAUAAUAGAUGCUCUACUUCAUAGUCUGAUGGUGCUUCACUUGUCUUUCUGUAUAGACUUGGAAAUCCCAAACUUCUUCUGUGAACUUGCUCAGAUUCUAAAGCUUUCUUGUUCUGAUACCUUCAUUAAUAACUUGCUUAUACUCAUUGCUGUUUUCAUAUUUGCAGGUGGUGCCUUCUGUGGGGUCAUCUUUUCAUAUAUUUACAUUUUAUUCUCAGUCUUGAGACUAACAUCUCAAAGAGGAAAGAACAAAGCCUUUUCUACCUGUACAUCUCACUUGUUUGUUGUUUCUUUGUUCUAUGGGACAGGCCUUGGUGUAUACCUCAACUCCUCUGUUACUGAUUCUCCAAGAAAGUUAGCAGUAGCUUCAGUAAUGUACACUGUGGUCCCUCAAAUGCUGAACCCCUUUAUCUACAGCCUAAGGAACAGAGACAUUAAAAAAUCCUUUGGGAAAUUCACUGGUUGGAUAUUCUAUGUUCUGCCAUGUGUUCAUUGCCAUCCAUGA